UUAAACAUACUUACAUACCUAUGUGCUUAAGUAUGUGUUGCUAUUUCCAAAUUUGUGUUAUAUUCAUAUACAAUGUUCGGAAUGGAAUAGUUUAUAAAUUUGCCUUUGAAUAAUAUACAUAUGUAUAUAUACGUAUGUGCAAGCAAGUGUCAAGAGUAAUACAAAUUGACUGUCGAUGCAACAAACGUCCAAUUUUUUUAUUCCAAAAACAAUGGAGUCUUUUGAAUUAAAUGAUAAGGAUUAUAGAAGUUGGAAGCCCAGUUAUGGUGAAUUACCAAUGGAGAUUAUUCAACACAUAUUUCGUUACUUAAGCUUCCCAGAUGUACAGGUAGCCGGAAAAACUUGUCAGCGAUGGCGUGAAGCUUCUUUUAACACUGAAUUUUCUAAAAAAAAUAUGAUUAGAUUUUCAAAAGUUUGCCUUUCUGACAGGAGCUCACCUGCUCAAGACUUCCUUAUGAGCAACAGACCUUUUCGCAAUUACUACUUUGAAGAAGUUACUUUUGGCCCAAUAAAAAACAUAAUGAGUUACAUUGGAAAUACUGCAGAGGAAAUAAUAUUUGAUAAUGUUGAUGUGGGUGAUAAACAGUUUUAUGCUAUAAUGACCCUUUUACCAAAAAUUCGUGCAAUAACUAUAACUCGUUGUUCGUCGCUUUUCAUGUCUGGUUCUUUUUUAGACAACAUUGAUGAUCGCUUGUCUGUCUGUAUAAAUUUUUGCAGAAUACAAGAUCUUUCCUUGAAAGAUAAUCAAUACUUAUCAGAUGCCAUUUUAUUACGCAUUACAGAAAUGAUGCACAGUAUUAAUACAUUGGAUUUAUCUGGAUGUCAUAUUGCAUAUCACAAUGCUAUUCAACGACGGUUUUAUCCCAACGAUGUAGACGUCACACCAAGUGAAUCUAUAUUGACGUUCAAGUUCAUUAUGAGUAUAAUAUCAAUGCAUCACCAAAAUUUACGUAGCUUAAAUCUUAGUAAUACAUUAAUAGGUCCUACAUCACUAAUUGCUUUAAGUGAUCUAAGUUUCAAAGGGUUCCUAUUACAAAAUGUGGGGCUUGCUAAUUGUAGGCAAGUAAACAAUAUAUCACUUCAGUCAUUUUUAAAAAAACAGAAUAAGCUAUUGACACUGGACUUGUCCGGUACCAUCUGCGUUAAUGAUAGUUGCAUAGAUGUAAUUGUAAAAAAUCUUCCAUUACUGCAAGAACUUAAUAUUUCCGGCUGCAUUAAUAUUACAAACAAUGGUUCAUCAUUUUUGGGUGAGCUUAAAUACCUAAAAUGUUUAAACGUGUCGCGCUGCGAUGGUAUACAAUCAGAAGGUCUUACCCAUGGUAUCGCAGCGAAACCAAAUGCAACACUUUUAUAUCUGCAAAUGGCUCAUUUGCAGGUAUGCGAAGAAGCUAUAAUGGUACUAGCGAAAAAUCUUCCAGAACUCCGUGUUUUGAAUUUAUCGCAUUGUGUGAAUGGUGUUACCGAUGAAUCAGUUCAAUGUAUUAUUCAAAACUUGCGUUGGUUAAGAGACUUAUCUUUGGAAAAUUGUUUUCGGAUUACAGAUGUAGCAUUGACAGGCAUUAAUAUUUCGCAAGUAGUUCAUGCGCCGAACUCACAGAAUUCAAUUGAUAAACUACAUCAACUGUCACUUUCUUCUUCAGCUGAAGGAAAUAUUUCAAACGAUAGCAAUCAUUCAAUAAAGAUUUCGUUAAGGAGUAAAGCCGAAGAAGAGAUAGUUCGAGAUGCCAUAAGAAAAAAAGCCAUGGUUGCAACUUAUGAAAUGAACUUGAUUGGAGAAUGUGAUAUGGAGGGCUACAGUAUUAAGCAACUCCAAGGACUAAAAUCUUUAUAUUUAGGCGGUUGCAAUAAAAUAUCAGAUGUUUCUUUAAAAUAUGGACUAAAAUUUGUGGAAUUACAAAACUUAUCGCUUUCGAAUUGUCAACAAAUUUCGCUCUCAGGUAUUGAGCAAAUGGUACAUGCUUGUCCUUCAAUAGAAACACUUGAUCUGUCUGAUUGCGAAAGUAUUAAUGACAAAGUUAUACAAUCGAUUACAGUUAAUCUAACUAGACUUCGAGCGUUGCAUAUCAAUGGAUGCAGCCAGCUAACUGAUCACACUUUAGACGCUAUUUUAGUAAACUGCAAAAAUCUUCAGACACUUUCAAUACAUCGCUGUCGACGUAUAUAUACUGAUAUUGAAGAUAGACUUUCAGAAAUGUCUACAUUACGUGAUUUAAAAAUAGAUAAUUCACCAAAUAUAGACAAUGCUUGCUUACUUCGAUUGAAAAAACGUAUUGAUUACUGAUACUUCGCAGCCAUCUCUUUUAUUUUAUUUUUGUAUUAUUUUCAGCUGAAUAAUAAUGUUUAAAAUGCAAAGACAUUUUAAUAUAGCAAGAUGUUAUAGCUACUACAUAUGUGUUUAUACUUGUCAAUAAGUCUGUUAUAAUAGUUGUAAAUUGUAGCUUUAUGUACAAAACUGUUUUUAAAUAAAGUAUUUAUAUGUAUGUAUUGAAGUUUUGUUAAAUUAGUACGUUUGAAAUAAAAUAUUUAAAACAUUUUAAAUAAUGAUACAUUAAGUGCCGUUUUUUCAAUGUCUGGUUAGCACCCGUUAGCAACAUGGGGCCACUUAACUUACGGUUCACUCCUUGUGUGUCUUAAGGCCCGAGCAGGUCUUAAGCUGGCUCCAUCCAUUGCAUGUAUUACACCUGAUCGAGGCGUAUGUUGGACGGAGCCUUUUAGCGCAAAAGCAGAAAAAUUCCUACGGGCUCAGGUUAGAUGUUAUAAAGAAUACUAUUUUCAAAGAAUACGAAUAUUUAUUAAUUGAGUUUUCCAAAGAAUUGUUUGUCCAAGUGCAUUUUCGUUAGCGACAGUUAAUAAAAUGUACCACUAAUUCCACUAACGAAAAUGCAACAGUCAACAACUCCGAAGAAUUUUAAUAAUUUGUAUUUAUUGUUCAUUCAAGUGCAUUUCCGCUAACGAAAAUGCAACAGUUAACAAAAUGUAUAAUAACUUUAUUAACUGUAUUACUUUGCAAAAUGCACAAGACACAUUUCCUAAGAAUUUUUACGCAAGCAUUUAUUUUUAAGUUAUUGCAAGAAAGCAAAAUAUUAGUAUUUAAGAAAGUACAAAAUAAAACGGGGCUGAUUAUCGAUUAAACCUUCAA